CUGUCCCUCCCUCCCUCCCUCCUCCCCGGCCCUGUUUUCUUCUUUCUCGGGAACCCAUUUCGCCAAUCCUCAUUUCCGUCCUCAUACUCAGCCAAAGGCAGACUCAAGCACGCAUAAUCAUUGACCAUGUCGUUUCUUAAGCCAUUAGCACGAAACUCCACACACUGGAGCCAUGUCAGGAGUCUAGCCACGGCAUCAACUCGCCCCGCUAAAGAUUGCACCCGGAUCACUCCUCCAUACCCGAAGCUGGUCGCCAAUUUGGAGAAGGUCAAGCGAGUUCUGGACCAUCGCCCCAUGACACUUUCGGAGAAAAUUCUCUACUCGCAUUUGACAGAACCUGAGGAGGUCAAGCCCAUUCGUGGUCAGACGUAUUUGAAGCUAUCUCCAGAUCGUGUCGCCAUGCAAGAUGCAUCCGCCCAGAUGGCUAUAUUGCAGUUCAUGUUGGCGGGCAUGCCUACGACCGCUGUCCCAUCUUCGAUCCACUGCGAUCAUCUCAUUGUCGGCCAUAAGGGUGCCGAUCAAGAUCUUGUCAACUCAAUCGAAAACAACAAAGAGAUUUUCAACUUUUUGCAAUCUGCUGCCGAGAAGUAUGGGAUGGCGUUCUGGAAGCCAGGCAGCGGAAUUAUUCACCAGAUUGUGCUUGAGAAUUAUGCCGCCCCAGGUCUGCUGAUGCUCGGAACCGAUAGUCACACGCCCAAUGCGGGAGGAUUGGGUGCGAUCGCGAUUGGCGUUGGCGGUGCAGAUGCCGUAGACGCUAUGGCCAACAUUCCUUGGGAGCUAAAAGCCCCUGAAGUGAUUGGUAUUAAGCUGACGGGCAAGUUGAAUGGUUGGACAUCGCCCAAGGAUGUGAUCUUGCACCUAGCCGGCAAGCUGACCGUUCGUGGCGGAACAGGGCAUAUCAUUGAAUACUUCGGACCAGGAAUUGACACAUUGUCGUGCACAGGCAUGGGUACCAUUUGUAACAUGGGCGCCGAAGUCGGAGCAACGACCUCGCUCUUCCCAUUUGUCAACAGCAUGUCCUCAUAUUUGCACGCAACCGGUCGUGGUCCUGUCGCUGAGGCUGCACGUCAGCACGCCCACUUCUUGAAGGCAGAUGAGGGCGCUGUCUAUGACAAGGUGAUCGAAAUCAACCUUUCGACUUUAGAGCCCCAUAUCAACGGACCCUUCACCCCCGACUUGGCAACACCUUUGUCAAAGUUUGCGGACGUUGUUAAGAAGAAUGGAUGGAAGGAUGAGGUCAAGGUCGGACUGAUCGGAAGCUGUACUAAUAGCAGUUACGAGGACAUGGAUCGAGUUACCAGCUUGGCUAAGCAGGCUUUGGAGAAAGGCAUCAAGUCAAAGGCCGGAUUUUUUAUCACGCCAGGGUCCGAGCAGAUCAGGGCCACGAUCGAGAGGGAUGGGCAGACGGCUGUCUUGGAGAAGGUCGGAGGCGUUGUUCUCGCAAACGCGUGCGGACCAUGCAUCGGACAGUGGACUCGCGACGACCUGAAUGAUAAGGAAGAAAACGCUAUCUUGACCUCGUUCAAUCGUAACUUCAAGAACCGUAACGAUGGAAAUGCGAAGACCAUGAACUUUUUGACUUCACCAGAGUUGGUGACGGCCAUGUCACUUUCCGGAAAGCUGAGCUUUAACCCUCUAACCGACCCACUUGUGGAUGCGUCUGGAGAAGAAUUCAUGCUGCAGCCUCCUUAUGGUGAUAACCUGCCCAAGGACGGAUUCAUUCCAGGCAACCUGUCGUACACACCGCCCGAUGCUAGCCAACCUAACCCUUCUAUCGAGAUCAGCGUCGAUCCCAAAUCCACGCGUCUCCAGGUUUUGGAGCCCUUCGGACCUGGCCCUGAGGGCGAAUUCACUAAUCUAGAAGUUCUGUUGAAGGUCAAAGGCAAAUGCACGACAGACCAUAUCAGUGCUGCAGGCCCAUGGUUGAAGUACAAGGGUCACUUGGAGAAUAUCUCUCACAAUACCCUCAACGGAGCACUGAAUGCAGACAAUGACAAGGUCAACGUUGUUUCAAACGUGUUUACAGGCGAAGAAGGAGCCAUUCACGAAGUUGGACGCGACUAUCAAAAGAGAGGCAAGCCGUGGAUCGUUGUGACCGAUCACAACUACGGAGAAGGCUCUGCGCGUGAGCAUGCCGCACUACAGAUGCGCUACCUAGGUUGCCCCAUGAUUUUGGCCCGGUCCUUUGCUCGUAUCCAUCAGACGAACCUUAAGAAGCAAGGUGUGCUGCCCCUCACAUUCGCAGACCCAGCAGAUUGGGAAAGGAUCCACGGAGGAGAUGUGAUUGAGUCGACUGUUGGCGUGGCUGACCUUGUUGCAGGACGUCCAGGAAAGAAUGAUACGGCUGAAGGAGGCGAGAUUACGCUGGUUGUGCGCCGCGCCAACGGAGAAAAAUUUGAGAUCAAGGCCCUUCAUACCAUGAGCAAAGACCAGAUCGAGUGGUUUAAGAAGGGAAGUGCACUCAAUGCUGCCCGCGGAUAAACAUUAAAAAGCAUCGACCAUUCUCAAC